AGCCACCGAGCACAAAUUCCUCCGCGCAGCGCGCCAUUGACUGGACCGAGCAACUUAUUUAAGGCUGGAAAGUGACACAGGGGCUCCUCGUCUCCGCUCGCUGCGCUCCGCUGGGCAGCGCGGCCGCACCGAGUCGAACGCCGCGGCGCGGGGAUGCCGCUGAGGUGACUGCCGCUUCGCCUGGUUGCUGCUGAGCAGCUCUCCAGAGAAAGAGCUGCGUCUUACUGCUGCCCCGCCAGGACCGCGGGAAGAGGCUUUCUUUAGGAGUGUUUUUGGUUGUUGUUGAAUUUUUUGGCUUGGUUUUGGGGUUUUUUUCUCCUCUUUUCUUUCUCUGCUUCGGGCUGUGGUUUCGCAGAGAGUUUUCGCCGUCCUUCCCCCGCCCCGCGCCACCGGGCUCCGGCCGAGCAUGGAGAAGUACGAGGAGGACAUGGCACUGAAGGCCACCAAGUUCAUGCAGGAUCUGUCCCUCUACGAACCCUGCCCGGACGGUCUGUACGGCCGGGGCGGCCGCCGGGACCUGGCGCUACACCCCGACCUGGAGGAGACCAAGCGGGUCAUCGCCGCCCACAUGACGGCGGAGCAGCGGGGCCGGAAGAUGAACGGCACCGCCGCGCCGCCGCCCGCCGAAGCCUUCCCCGCCGCCGCCCCCUGCGGCAAAGCCUACCCGCCCGCGGCGCCGGCCGCCCCGCUCCGCGCCGCCAACGGUCGCGCCGCCGACCCGCAACCGGCCGCGGGACCGCCGUGCUGCGAGGAGGGGCUGUGCACCCGCUCCGAGGUGGCGCUCCCCUGCUACAGCGGCUUCGCCGACAAGGGCAAGCGCUACUCGGCCGAGGGCUACCGCUACGCCGGGGGCAGCGCCUACGAGGGCGGCUACGUGGCCAAGGGCGGCGGGCGGGCUCCCGGCGGCCCGGACGGCAAGUACGGCGCCGCUAGCCCGCGGGCCAGCCUGGCCGCCUCCUCGCCGGGUCCCGCCGCCGAACACGGCAAGUUCUCCAGUCCGCGCUCCAGCCUGGGCGGCGCGGCAGCGCUGCCCUACGAGAAGUUCUCCAGCCCCCGCUCCAGCUUGGUGGUGCCCGGACAGGAGAAGUACGGCAGCCCCCGAGCCAGCCUGGUGCAGUACGACGGUGCGGCCCUCAGUCCCCGCUCCAGCUAUGCCAGCACGGCCAGCGACACCAGCAAGCACUCCAGCCCCCGCGCAAGCCUCACCAGCUACGACGGUGGUGGCAGCAGCAAACCCAGCAGCAACCGCACCAGCGGCAUCAGCAUGGGCUACGACCAGCGCCACGCCAGCCCCCGCUCCAGCACCGCCAGCCAGUACUCCUGCACCACCAGUCCCCGCUCCAGCUACUCGGACUCCAGGUACGGCCCGCCGGGCAGUGCCGAGCAGGAGGGGGCGGGCGGUGCUGGGCUCGCCCUGGCCAGCCCCCGCUCCAGCCUCUGCGGCCCCGAGGGCCGUAGCGCGGCGGGCGCCGCCGUGGUCAGCCCCCGCUCCAGCAUCUCUAGUCAGAGUUCGCGGAGCUCCCGAGGCUCUAUGAGUGCCUACCCCGAGCUGCAGCUUCCCUCGCCCCGCUCCUCUCUGUUGGGGCCGGGUCUGCAGGAGGACGGCGCCGCACCCGAGCUGGGGGACGUCUACCACAAGAUCCAUGCCCAGUCCCCGCCGCGGCACGACCAGCAGCACCCGGCCGCCGUCCCCGAGGCGGCCUCCCCCUACGCCUACAGCCCGACCAAAGGCUCCACUUCGGCUCCCAAAUUCAAGCUCCCCUACCAGGUGACUCCGUCCCGGGAGAGCGGCCCCAGCCAGGCGGAGAGGCGUCUGGAGGCGCUGACGCUGGAGCUGGAGAAGGAGCUGGAGAUGCACAUGAAGAAGGAGUAUUUCGGUAUUUGUAUAAAAUGUGGAAAAGGUGUGUAUGGAGCGAGCCAGGCUUGCCAAGCAAUGGGUAACCUCUAUCAUACCAACUGCUUCACGUGCUGCUCUUGUGGGAGAAGACUACGAGGAAAAGCAUUCUACAAUGUCAAUGGCAAGGUGUACUGUGAAGAAGACUUCCUAUAUUCAGGUUUUCAGCAAACAGCAGACAAGUGCUUUGUUUGUGGACAUCUCAUAAUGGAAAUGAUCCUACAGGCCCUGGGAAAGUCAUACCAUCCGGGCUGCUUCCGCUGCGUGGUGUGUAACGAGUGCUUGGAUGGAGUCCCCUUCACUGUAGAUGUGGAGAACAAAAUUUACUGUGUCAAAGACUACCAUACGGUUUUUGCACCAAAAUGUGCUUCCUGUAACCAGCCAAUCCUCCCAGCACAGGGCUCCGAAGAGACCAUCCGGGUGGUGUCAAUGGACAAAGACUACCAUGUGGAGUGCUAUCACUGUGAGGACUGUGGCUUGCAGCUCAAUGAUGAAGAAGGCCAUCGCUGUUACCCAUUAGAGGGCCACUUGCUCUGCCACAGCUGUCACAUCAGGCGCCUUAACAUUAAACUGCCAUCACAUCCACCUCCAAGCUACCCAAUGCACGUCACAGAACUCUGAAAGACAUUUCCAUUACCAGAAGCAGUUUGAAAGAGAAGAAAAAAAAAUGUAAACUUUACUUUCUUGUUCCCUUAAAGACGAGAUUCCAGUAAUGAGCAUCUAAACCAGCUAUUUAUUUUUUAAAUCAGAGGUGAGGGGUCCUUUUCAGAUCUUGUACAUAUGCAUUCUUUUAUCUAGAUGUUUUCACUGAGACACUGUCUACUUGAACACAUAAUUCACCACUUAACUGUAAGGGUAAAUGACAGCAUUUCUGAAAAAGAAAAAAAAUAGUACAAAGGGCUGUUCUGCACUUCCUACUCACUUUCCUUCAGUGGAGAUUUCACUCAAGUAAGGAGUGUAGAACUACUUUCCAAAAGUUAGCACCUUAUCAUAUUGCAGCAAGCAUGAUAAGAUAAAUGCUAGCAUUUUAGCUAGUUUUGUUGAAUUCUGGUCUUAGAGAAUACAGUAGCACAUUUUUUAAAAUACAGAUUCCCAGAAAUAGUGAAUAGAAGGAAAACAAGUAUUUCUAGCAAUGACAGUUGUCAGCAUGGGUUAAAUAAUGGCAUUCUGUGAACAAGUGUCAGGCCAGCUUUUACAAAGUUCCACAGUCAUCCAAAGACUAUUUCACUUAUAAAGAAACAUGGCAAGCAUCUCUCUCUCAUAAAAAUAUGUCCAAAGGAAUGGCACAUGCAGGGUCAAAGUAACAGACCUCUGUAGUUGCUUGACAGAUACAAAUGUAGCCAUGGUUUAAAUUCAUUUAUAUCAAUUCAACGAUUUGGCACUUAGUAAAGAAUUCAUCUUUUAAAACUGUAUUUUUUUUAAUAGGGUUAGCAGCCCCUUUCUAUACAGAGGUACACCUGUCUUGAUACUACUUGUUUUAUACAAGACUUAAUUUGUUGCCAACUGCUUUGUGAUUGUAUGUUGAUACAUCAUUAAAAAAAGAGGGGGGCAGUAGUUUUUGUAUUGUC